UGGGAGCCAAAUGGGUAAAAAGAAAAAAAAAAAAGAGAGAGAGAGACCCAGCCUUUGGUUGUGGAGGAUUUGAGCUCCUGAAAGCUUUUCUGUAAGAAAGAGGCGGUGUUUCCCGUCUGCACGUCCAGAGGGAAGAAAAGGAGAGAGAGCUCCGAGGAUUCAGAGCGAAGCAGUCCAUGAGUCCGAGGCGGAGGGACUGCUCCGGGGCUGGAGACGGUCCAGCGGGUCGAUCAGAAACAGGUGGAAGUGACAUCUAAAUGUAUCCCAAACAGAAAAACGGUGGGACGGUGGCGAAACUUUCCCACAUCCUGACUCCGUGCGCGCAAAGAUGGAUAAACUCACCGUCAUAUCAGGAUACCUCUUCCUCGCUGCAGACAUCUUCGCCAUCGCCAGCAUCGCCAAUCCGGACUGGAUCAACACCGGAGAACCGGCCGGCUCUCUGACUGUGGGUUUAGUCCUGCAGUGCCAGACCAUCCACGGCCGAAAGCGGAUCUGCAUCCCUCCUCAGCUGCCCGGAGAGUGGAUCACGACCUUCUUCUUCAUCCUCCUGGGGAUCAUCUCACUCAGUGUCACCUGCAGCCUGCUGGUGAUGUCACACUGGCACCAUGAGGCCAUCCGCUUCGCUCGCUGGAUCGCCUUUACAGGAAUGGUCCUGUUCUGUACGGCUGCUCUCAUAUUCCCGAUGGGCUUCUACAUCCGUGAGAUCGGAGGACAGCCGUACAAGCUGCCCAACAACACGGCGGUGGGCUCCUCGUACGUACUCUUCAUCCUGGCCAUUUUCUUCACCAUAGUUGGGCUGCUGUUUGCUGGAAAGUUCUGCUUACCGGGCUGACACCCAUAUCCACCCACUUCUGGAUGAGUUAUGUUUUAAAAAAAAGACUUUCCUGUUCACUGUGACGAGGAACUACUUCUGAUAAACUCAAGACUCUUGUUUCUUGAUGUAUUCUUUUUAUUUGUUUAAUUCUGUUGUUUGUAAAUACAUGUUUCAAGUCUU